AUUAAAUGUAGAAUUUAUUCUAAGUACAGAACUAUGCAUGUUGUGCUGCUCUGGUUUCCAUAUAUAAGUGAGGGUCUUUACCAGGGGUCAGGGGGUGCUUUGUGAUCUUUCAAGAUUUCUCUCUUAGAUUUUGUGUUCUGGGUAGUCUCAUUUUGUGUCUCAACUGAACUCUCAACUGAGCUUACUUGUGAAUUUUUUUUUAGGGUUUUAUUAAAUCUGUGGAGGUCUCUUGGAGGGGAACUUUCUGGGUGUGGCUUCAGCUGGACAAGUUGAAUCAGUUUCAGUUACAACAUCCAACAUAGGAGGGAGGGGCUCAGGAGAGAAGGUUGCAGUUGAAACUUGAUGAUGCCUGAAAUAUGGCUUGGAAGUGUCCUGCUUUUAAUUGGAAUGUUUUCCAACACAAUAGGUGCAUUUGUAGGGAUAAACAUUGGAACUGCUGUUUCCAACAUGCCUCCAGCUUCAGAAGUGGUUGCAAUCCUUAAAGCAAAUCAGAUAACUCACGUACGUCUUUUUGAUGCUGAUGCUCAUUUGCUGAAUGCUCUUUCGAACACUGGGAUUGAAAUUAUGGUUGGUGUUACUAAUGAUCAAGUCUUGGGGAUCGGGGAAUCUCCAUCAGCAGCAGCAGCCUGGAUUAAUAAAAAUGUUGCUGCUUACUUGCCUUCAGCCAAUAUCACAGCCAUUGCUGUCGGCAGUGAGGUUCUUACGUCAAUUCCAAAUGCUGCCUCCAUUCUGGUUCCUGCCAUGAAUUACCUUCAUAAAGCCCUAGUUGCUUCAAACCUGAAUUAUCAGAUCAAAGUUUCAACUCCGCAGUCCAUAGACAUAAUCCCUAAGCCUUUUCCCCCUUCUACAGCCACCUUCAAUUCUACAUGGAACUCUACAAUCUCAACACUUCUUCAGUUUUUGAAGAACACAAAUUCCUAUUACAUGUUAAAUGCUUAUCCUUAUAAUGGAUAUGUUAAUGGCGAUGGCAUCUUUCCUAUCGACUACGCUCUUUUCAAGCCACUUUCUUCAGUCAAACAGAUUGUUGAUCCAAAUACUCUUUUUCACUAUAACAGCAUGUUUGAUGCUAUGGUGGAUGCCACCUAUAACUCUAUAGCGGCGUUCAAUAUGUCAGGGAUACCAAUUGUCGUGACAGAAUCAGGAUGGCCGUGGGCUGGUGGAGCCAAUGAACCCGAUGCCACCAUAGAAAAUGCUGAAACCUUCAAUAACAACUUGAUUCGGCGAGUUCUAAAUGAUUCAGGUCCACCUAGCCAGCCCUCUGUUCCCAUUAAUGCAUAUAUUUAUGAGUUAUUCAAUGAAGACAAGAGGUCUGGGCCUGUCUCAGAGAGAAAUUGGGGUGUAUUUUUCACUAACGGGAGUGCUGUUUAUUCACUGGGUUCGAGUAAUCCCAACCAAAUCACUGGGAAUUCUUCAUCAAUCUUUUGUAUUGUAAAACAAGGUGCAGAUACCAAUAAGUUGCAAGAUGGACUGAACUGGGCUUGCGGGCAAGGCCAGGCUAACUGUAGUGCCAUUCAACCAGGGAAGCCGUGUUAUAUGCCUGAUACAUUACAAAAUCAUGCUUCUUACGCUUACAAUGAUUAUUAUCAAAGAAUGCAUAGCGCUGGUGGAACCUGUGACUUCGAUGGUACAGCCACAACUACUACUGCUGAUCCCAGCUAUGGAUCCUGUAUUUUUACUGGAAGUGUGAAUUCAAGCACAGGUGGGAUAGUCCCAUCUUCCACUGCAUUUGGACCUGUUAGUCCCAUCGGCAAGGGUUCAAGACUUAGAAUCGAGAUUGAGCCAUUGGUUUUGGCAAUAAUUUUUGCCUUUAUUUUACUUGACAUGAAUGUUUAUCUGAUUUUGUAACAGCUUAAUUAGUUAAAAUUGUGUUUUACAAAGAUUUGGCAGGGACUGUAGAUGAUGGAAAUCUUGAUUUUUUGUUAAAUCAUAUCUUUCCAUUCAUUUUUGAUUCUGUUCUUCAAUUCGAUUCCUUGCAGGGACUGUAGAUGAUGAAAAUCUUGAUUUUUUGUUAAUGAUAUCCCUCCAUUCAUUUUUUA